AUGUUUUGUGGAGACUAUGCACAAGGAACCAUCUUCCCGGCUCCCAAUUUCAACCCUGUCAUGGAUGCCCAAAUGCUAGGGGGGGCGCUCCAAGGAUUUGGCUGUGACAAAGACAUGCUGAUCAGCAUUCUGACUCAACGCUGCAACUCUCAGAGGCUGAUGAUCGCAGAGGCAUACCAGAAUAUGUUUGGCCGGGAUCUGAUUGGUGACUUGAAGGAGAAGCUGUCAGAUCACUUCAAAGAAGUUAUGGUUGGCCUCAUGUACCCACCACCAUCUUAUGAUGCUCACGAACUCUGGCAUGCCAUGAAGGGAGUAGGCACUGAAGAGAAUUGCCUCAUUGAUAUAUUAGCUUCAAGAACAAAUGGAGAAAUUUUCCAAAUGCGAGAAGCCUACUGUUUGCAGUACAGCAGUAACCUUCAAGAAGACAUCUACUCAGAGACCUCAGGACACUUCAGAGAUACUCUCAUGAACUUGGUCCAGGGAAGCAGACAGGAAGGUUACACAGACCCUGCCAUGGCUGCUCAGGAUGCAAUAGUCCUGUGGGAAGCUUGUCAGCAGAAGACAGGGGAACACAAAACCAUGCUACAAGUGAUCCUGUGCAACAAGAGUUACCAGCAGCUGUGGCUGGUGUUCCAGGAAUUUCAAAAUAUUUCUGGACAAGACAUUGUGGAUGCCAUUAAUGAAUGUUAUGAUGGAUACUUUCAAGAGCUUCUAGUUGCCAUAGUUCUCUGUGUUCGAGACAAACCAGCCUAUUUUGCUUAUAGACUACAUAGUGCAAUCCAUGACUUUGGUUUCCACAAUAAGACUUUAAUUAGGAUUCUCAUUGCCAGAAGUGAAAUUGACCUGCUGACCAUAAGGAAACGGUACAAAGAGAGAUAUGGAACAUCCCUAUUUCAUGAGAUCAGAAAUUUUGCUUCAGGGCACUAUGAGAAAGCGCUGCUUGCCAUCUGUGCUGGGGAUGCUGAAGACUACUAA